AUGGGCGAUAGGAGAAAACUACACGGAGAAAUUGAACGUUGCCUUAAAAAAGUAACGGAAGGUGUGGAUACAUUUGAUGAUAUUUGGCAAAAGGUUCAUUCAGCACCAAAUCAUAAUCAAAAAGAUCGAUAUGAACAAGAAUUAAAAAAAGAAAUAAAAAAAUUACAACGUUUACGUGAUCAAAUUAAAGUAUGGAUGUCAUCAACAGAAAUCAAAGACAAAAAACAAUUACAAGAAGCAAGAAAAAAUAUCGAACAAAAAAUGGAAAAAUUUAAAAUUGUUGAACGAGAAACUAAAACAAAAGCUUAUAGUAAAGAAGGUUUAGGUGCAGGACAAAAACUUGAUCCACAAGAAAAAGAAAAAGAAGAAUGUACUCAAUGGAUAACGGAAUCCAUACAUGAAUUGAAUAUUCAAAUUGAUAAAUUUGAAGCAGACAUUGAAACAGUAUCUGCAUCAUUAAAGAAGAAAAAAUCUGACAAGGAUAAAUUAGAACGUCUUGAGGAAACAAAACAUUCAAUUGAAAGACAUAAAUUUCAUAUUGAAUCACUUGAAAAAAUUCUACGUGCUAUUGAUAAUGAUGCACUUGAUCUUAAACCAAUACAUAAUUUACGUGCCGAUAUUGAAUAUUAUAUAGAAUCAAAUCAAGAAUCAGAUUUUAAAGAAAAUGAAUUAAUGUAUGAAGAAAUUGAUAUGGAUAAUUUAACAACAAUAAUGGCACCAGUUAUAGCUGUACCAAUAACACAAUCUCAUCCUUCAUCAUUAUCAAAUGGUAAUAGUAAUAGUUUAAAUUCAAAUACAUCAACACUAAUCGAUCUAAGUACACCAACAUUAAAUUUACAUUCACAUUCAUCAACAAAUAAUAUAUCUGAACGUACAACAACAUUUUUUACAAAUUCAAAUCAUGGUGAUAAUGAAUCAGCUAUAAGUUUAACAACACCAUCAUCAACACAACCAAGUUCACCAACUGCUAGUCCAGCUAUAUCAACAACUGAUGAUAGAAAACGAAAUAAAUCAGAAUCUGAAGAUAAUCAAACACAACGGAAUCGAACGAAUUCAGGUGCCAAUAGUUCAACAACAAAUGUUAUUCAUGGAUCUUCACCAAAAAAUCCAAUAUUACAUCAACAAUCUUCAAUAACAAAAACACCAACAUCUGUAUUAUCGGCAAGUGUACCCACACAUUUCACAUAUCCAACGACAACAACAACUCAACCUGUUUUACAAUAUUCAACAAUUGUUUCACAAAAUACAAUACCAUCAACACCAACAAGUAGUAGUUCAGCAUCUAAACAACAAAAUAUUUUUUCACCACAAACAAAACAAAUGUCAAGACAAACAUCAAUAAAUAAUAAUGAUUCAACAGUAACUACAACUUCAAGUCAAUCAAUACCAUCAUCAUCAACGACAACAACAAUAUCAAAUAGUUCUCAUCCACCUUCAUUAGUAACAAAUAAUGAUCGUACUGGUUUAUUGAAUCAACAGAUUCUUAAUAAUAUAUCACAAAUAAAUCCAUCAUCUUCAACAACAUCGUCAUCAACAAUAACAUUAGCUAAUGGUACAAUAAUUCCAUCAUCAUUAUAUUCAGGUUCAGGACCAACAUUAUCAGCUUCAAACAUUCCUCUUGACUUAUUAUCAACAACUAAUAUUGAUUCAACAAUUAACUCUCAACAAUCUUCAUUACUUUCUCGUACAAUAUCCGAUAAUGAUCGUUCAACGAAUCCACCAUCAACAUCAUUAAUGACUAAUGGUUCGUCAGAUGGACAUUCAUUACUUGAUACAAAUACUUUUCCAAAUCUAUCAACAAUCAAUACAGGACUAUCAUCAUCAUCAUCAACAACAACAACAACCACAUCAGCAGUACCCAUAACAACAUCAUCAUCAUUUCUAACAAAUAAUAAUUCAAAUGAUUUAACAUCAACAAAUAAUAGUGUUAUUGGUCAUUUACCAGAUCAUCAUACAUUUCGAUAUUUAGCAUCACCAUCAAAUCAACAAUCUAUUCAAACAAAUCGUGUUCCAUUAACACCAGCAGAAUUACGAAUGCUUAAUAGAUUAAAUUCAGCUUAUGCAAAAUUACCAUCAUUAUUAGAAUCUGAACGACAAAGAACAAAUGCGAAUCGUAUUUAUGGACGAAGUCCACUUGGACAUUCGCAAAUGAUUCCAUAUUAUCCUCAAACACCACCAGCAGGUUCUGAUACACCAGAAUUUUAUUAUCGUUUAGCACCAGAUACAUUAUUCUUUGUUUUUUAUUAUAUGGAAGGAAGUCGUGCACAAUAUUUAGCUGCUAAAGCAUUAAAACGACAAUCAUGGCGUUUUCAUACAAAACAUAUGAUGUGGUUUCAACGACAUGAAGAACCAAAAACAAUAACAGAUGAUUAUGAACAAGGUACAUAUAUAUUUUUUGAUUAUGAACGAUGGCAAACACGUAAACGAGACAAUUUUAUAUUUGAAUAUAAAUUUUUGGAAGAUCGCGAAUUUUAA